AUUUGGGGGAGGGGGGGGAGGGCGCCGUGCUCCGAAGAGGGGGGGGCGCCCCCCCGCCUCGGGGCCGCGCCGGGGGGCGGCGCAGGAACCAUGAGCGUGAGGCCUCCCCAAACGGCCCUCGACAGGUUAAGCAGCCUGUCUUCCCUGGGCGAUUCGUCUUCAGAACGGAGGUCUCCUGGGCACCACCGCCAACCCUCUGACUCCACCGAAACCACAGGUCUGGUCCAGCGCUGUGUCAUCAUUCAGAAGGACCAGCAUGGCUUUGGCUUCACAGUCAGCGGGGACCGCAUCGUCCUCGUGCAGUCUGUGCGGCCAGGAGGAGCAGCCAUGAGAGCAGGGGUGCAAGAGGGGGACCGGAUCGUCAAGGUGAACGGCACGAUGGUGACAAACAGUUCUCAUCUCGAAGUGGUGAAGUUAAUCAAAUCUGGUGCCUACGUCGCUCUGACCCUCCUGGGUUCUCCCCCGCCCUCGGUGGGGCUCUCUAAUUCUCAGCAAGAUGUGAGCAUGGCAGGGGCUCCCCACAUCACCCCGACAUGUCCCCCGCCGCCUCCCCCACCGCCGCUACCUCCGCAGCGCAUCACCGGCCCCAAACCCUUGCAGGACCCUGAAGUUCAAAAACACGCAACACAGAUUCUCCGGAACAUGCUGCGGCAGGAGGAGGCAGAGUUACAGCGCUUCUACGAGGUAUACAGCCGAAAUCCUGCCACCGUAGUGGAGGAGCAGAUCGAAGGCGCACGCCGGCGGGUCAGCCAGCUGCAGCUCAAAAUCCGACAGGAGACCGGUGGCUCUGUGGAUUUGGGGCGGCUGAGUGGUGACGCUGGCCUGGCCAAUUCCAGGGCAACAGAAGGACGCCUCUCUCUGGACUCCCAGGAUGGUGACAGUGGCUUGGAGUCCGGCACAGAGCGGUUCCCCUCCGUGAGCGAGAUCUCUUUGAACCGCAACUCCGUUCUCUCCGACCACGGUCUGGACAGCCCGCGUACCUCCCCCGUCAUCACCUCCCGAAUGUGCCAGCACCAUCGCCGGCAGGGCUCCGACACCGCUUUCGCCCCCUCUGCCGAGCAGGGACUAGACCGCACAGCUCGGCCCCUCAUCAUUGGGCCAGAGGAGGAUUACGACCCGGGAUAUUUCAAUAACGAGUGUGACUCCCUCUUCCAAGACCUAGGGAAGCUGAAAUCCCGGCCGGCGCAUCUAGGCGUCUUCUUACGCUACAUCUUCUCCCAGGCAGAUCCCAGUCCCUUGCUGUUCUACUUAUGCACGGACGUUUGCCAGCAGACGACCACAAAGGAUUCCCGCAUCUUGGGGAAGGAAAUCUGGAACAUCUUCUUGGACAGGAACGCGCCUCUCAGAGUGAAAGUGUCUGAACAGCUUCUGACUGAAAUCGAGACUCGCCUGCGGUACGGGGAUGAUGUCCGAGUUGCUCUCCUUGAAGCUCAGGAGAUGGUGAUGCCUGAGAUACAGGAGCAGAUCCAGGACUACAGGACAAAGCGCACCAUGGGCCUGGGGAGCCUGUAUGGGGAGAACGACCUCUUGGACCUGGACGGGGACCCUCAGAAGGAGCGCCAAGUGGCCGAGAAGCAGCUGGCCCAGCUGGGCGACAUUCUGUCAAAAUAUGAAGAGGACAGGAGCUCCCCCAUGGCCUUUGCCCUCAGCACGUAUAUGAACCACACAGGCAUCCGCAGCCGGGAGCCCCGCUUGGCCAGCACCAGCGAGAAGGCCCAAUCCCUCCCGGACAAGGACAAGUGGCUUCCCUUCUUCCCAAAGACCAAGAAGAGCAGUAGCACAAAGAAGGACAAGGAUGCCAUGGAAGACAAGAAGCGCAACCCCAUCCUCAAGUACAUUGGGAAGCCCAAAAUCUCCCAGAGCACAUUUCAUGUCCCUUUGUCCCCUGUUGAAGCAGUCAAACCUGGCAAUGUGAGAAACAUUAUCCAGCACUUUGAGAACAACCAGCAUUACGAGACUCAGGAGCCUGGCACGCAGCGUCUCUCCACCGGCAGCUUCCCUGAGGACUUGCUGGAGUCAGACAGUUCCCGGUCGGAAGUCAAGCUGGGCCGCUCAGAGAGCUUGAAAGGCCGGGAGGAGAUGAAGAAAUCUCGGAAAGCAGAAAACGUGCCUCGGUCCCGCAGCGACGUGGACAUGGAUGCCGCAGCUGAGGCCACGAGGCUUCAUCAGUCAGCGUCGUCUUCCGCUUCCAGCCUGUCCACAAGGUCGCUGGAAAAUCCUACUCCCCCGUACACGCCGAAGAUGGGACGCAGGAGCAUCGAGUCACCCAACCUGGGUUUCGGCGUCGACCCCUUCCUUCCGCAUCUCUUGGAGGAUGACCAAGGCCAGCUCUCAGACCUCGAACCAGAGCUGGACUCUCAGAACUGGCAGCACAUGGUCAGCCGGGAGGUGGUGGCCAACCUGCCGCAGAAGGAGAUCGACCGCCAGGAGGUGAUAAAUGAGCUUUUUGCCACGGAAGGGUCUCAUCUCCGGAUCCUCAGAGUCCUGGACUUCCUCUUCUACCAACGAAUGAAGAAGGAGAGCUUACUAUCCCGGGAAGAGCUGGCACUCCUCUUCCCCAACCUUCCUGAUGUGAUAGAAAUCCACAAUUCUCUCUCUGAAUCCAUGAAGAAGCUCCGGGAAGAAGGACCAAUCAUCAAAGAAAUUGGGGAUCUCAUGCUGUCUCGGUUUGAUGGCCUGGCCAAAGAGGAAAUCCAGCAAGUCGCUGCUGACUUCUGUUCUUACCAAUCCAUUGCCCUGGAGCUGAUCAAAACCAAGCAGCGCAAGGAGAGCCGUUUCCAGAUCUUCAUGCAGGAAGCAGAAAGCAACCCGCAGUGCAGGCGCCUGCAGCUCAAGGACCUGAUCAUCUCAGAAAUGCAGCGCCUGACCAAGUACCCACUGCUGCUGGAGAAUAUCCUCAAGCAUACCGAGGCGGGCACCUCGGAGCACGACAAGCUGUGCCGAGCCCGGGACCAGUGUCGGGACAUCCUCAAAUACGUUAAUGAGGCGGUGAAGCGAGCAGAGAAUCGGCACCGGCUGGAGGGCUAUCAGAAGCGCCUGGAUGCCACCUCACUGGAGAGGACCAACAACCCCUUGGCUGCUGAAUUCAAGAGCCUUGACCUCACCUCCCGACGCAUGAUCCACGAAGGGCCACUCACCUGGCGCAUCAGCAAGGACAAGACUGUGGAUCUGCACGUGCUGCUCCUCGAAGACCUCUUGGUGCUGUUGCAGAAGCAAGAUGAGAAGCUGGUGCUGAAAUGCCACAGCAAGACAGCGCUGGGCUCCUCAGACAACAAGCAGACCUUCAGCCCUGUCCUCAAGCUCAACUCAGUGCUCAUCCGCUCUGUGGCAACAGAUAAACGAGCCCUCUUCAUUAUCUGCACGUCGGAGCUGGGACCCCAAAUCUACGAGCUGGUGGCGUUGACAUCCUCCGAGAAAAACACGUGGAUGGAGCUGCUGGAGGAGGCGGUGCAGAGCGCCAUGAGGAAUGCCACUUUCCCCCCCAAGCGCAGGACGCCGGAGCCCACCCAAACGGCACCCUCCAGUAGCCUGGUGUUACAAGACCCCAACGUCUCCCCGAUCCUGUCACAACGCAACAGCUCCAGAGCAGAGGCAGAAGAGAGCUCUUCAGCGGACGACAAUCCUGCCGAGCUCCUGGGCAAGGAGAAACAGCCGGCGCUGCUGGAGGAGCCGGAGGCUGAGAGCAGCGAGGUGGAGGAGGGGGAGGAAGAGCUGCUGGCAGCUCCCGUGGCUGCCGAGCCCAGCGCGGAGCUGGCUGACGCUCCCCCGGCCGAGCGCCCAGGGCUUGCCAUGCGCCUGGCGCUCCCAGGGCCCGUCUUUGCGGAGGGGCUGGCCGAGGCGGCCUUGGAGGAUGUGGAGAAUCUGCGGCUCCUGAUCCUGCGGAGGCUCCUUCCCUGCCGGGACGCGGAGCCUGAGGAUGACCUGACGCCCACGCCGUCCGUCAUCGGGGGUGCCGGCCAGGCCUGGGACUCAGUGCUCUCCAGCCAGGAUUCGGCCUCCCAAGAGCUGCUGACGGAGCCCCUGGGCCAGGCUGGCCCUGCCGAGGACGCGGUGCCCGGCCUAAGCCACGCAGUGGGUGGCAGGACGGAGCCGAUGCCGGGAGCGAGCGGGGAGGAGACGGGUCUGGCGGCAGCCAUGGAGGAACAGAGCAGCUACAAAGUUGUCCGGAAAGCCCCGGAAGAGGGUGCUAAGGAGGCCACGCCCUCACCAAGCAGCAGCCAAUCAGAAACUGAGCUGCAGGAAGGAGGCGGAGCUAAUAUAGAUGGCAAUUACUUCUACGUCAGCAUGCCCGCCGGGCCGCCCGAGUCCUGCACCGAGCCCGAGGCCCCCUCGCAGCCCCCCAGCGCCGGCGCGGCCUCUCCGGGCGCCCCGCGGGGCUCCCAGCAGCACGAGUGCGAGGAGCCAGCGUGUCGCAGCGCUGCCGAGGGGCCCCCGGAGCCCCCCACCCCCUCCAGCACCGUCCGCGACGUCGACCUCAUCUUCCGCACCAUCGAGCAGCUGACGCUGAAGCUCAACAGGCUGAAGGCUGUGGAAACGGCCCAUCGCGAGCUGCUGCGGUCGCUGGGGCAGAGCUCGUCGGCGGAGGCCACCCCCGUCGGGGGCUCCGGCGCGGAGGCGGACGAGUGGUCCCAGCAGCCGCCCAGCCCCGACGGCGACAGCCCGCUGUCCCGCUCCCUGCGGAGCCUGCAGUGCUCUCGGACCAGCGUGCCAGGCUGCAGGGCCCCCCUCGCGGAGGACCCCGCUCGCGACGCCACCCUUUAGCGGCACUGGAGGGGGUGUGUGUGUGGCAGGGGGGGGGCGUCUUCCCCAAGAAUCGCUCGAAGCCGGAACUGCCUGACGGCCUCUCCGGCCCCCUGCACCGCCGCCCUGGGCCGGGGCUGGCCCGGGCAGGGCAGCGGGAGCCUCGAACCAGACCGCCGCGGGCUUAAACUGGAAGGCGGGAGCAGGCCCGGAGCGCGCAGGGGCGGUGUUCAGCCCUCGCCCCCCAACACCCCAACCUCGCGCCCCGCAGAGCAGGCGCCCCCCCCAACCCCUCGCAUGGCAGCCCCGCCUCGGCCCCCUCCGCCCCCGGCCGCGAGAGCUGGUUCUAGUCUGUAUAAAUGCACUUUGUUUUGUUCCUCUCCGUGCUGCGGCCCACCCGCCCUCGCCCCCCCCCCCCCCCCCCCCCCGCUGACUAUAAAUAUGUAUGUAUGUGCAUCCGUCUUGUAAAUAACCACCGCAUCUCUGUCCCGCUGUUGUAAGAAAAAGGCUGUUACCACUAGCCUGCCCUGCGUGCCGGAGGGCAGCCAGCUCCCCAGCGCUGGCCCUACGCAGCGCCCCCGGCCGUGCCCCGUGCCGCUGUCCCCAGCCGGGCGAGGGGAAGGGGGCGGCGGGGAGCAGCCCCUUGGAGUCUCCUUCCUGCUGGAGCCUGCCGCCUGCCCCGGGCUCCGCGCUCCGGCUGCACGGGGACAGCACGCGGCGUACGGCGCGGCGGGGACAGGCAGCCCCGGGGAGAGCUGGCGGCGCUGCUGGCACGGCUGCGCCCUCUCCUCUCCCCACGGAGCCAGGGAAGAGCGAGACGGCUGGGGUGCCUUUCGCCUCUGCCCCCUCCAACCUUUCCUUCAGUGUCUAAAGGCAAGGCCAGCGCUGGGGUGCCUGAUAUAUAUAUUAUAUAUAAUAGAGCCAAGACUGACUGGUUGCUGUUCAAUGCUGUAUAAUCUGUUUUAUUUUCUUCCUUUCGAUGGUAAAGAUUUUUUUUUUAAAGAAAAAUGCAAGAAGUGAGCUAUUCUUCA